ACCAUAACCAUUCUAACCAUCUUCUUCAAAGUUUCCACUAUCCAUAUCACCUCAAUGACUUCUUCCCAGAUCAAUUACUACAACUUCCCACCUUUUUCUCCUCCUCCACCACCUCCUCAUAGACGUCCACCACCUCCACCUCCUCAUAUAAAUCCACCACCGCCUCCUCAUACACGCCCACCACCACCACCUCAUACACGCCCACCACCUCCACCUCCUCAUAUAAAUCCACCACCGCCUCCUCAUACACGCCCACCACCACCACCUCAUAGACGUCCACCACCUCCACCUCCUCAUAUAAAUCCACCACCGCCUCCUCAUACACGCCCACCACCACCACCUCAUACACGCCCACCACCUCCACCUCAUGUACUUCCACCACCACCUUCACCAUCACCAGACAGCCAUCCCACAGUCAUAAUCAUUGUGUUCGUCUCAUUGGGUGGUCUAUUCUUCCUUGCAUUCCUCUCAGUUGCUCUCUGUUGCUUCCUCAAAAAGAGGAAGAAGAAGAUGGUUCAGGAGACAGAUAUCAUAAAGGUCGACGAGCAUUUGACAGUGAAAGAGGCCAUUGUCCCAGGCCCACAUGGAGAGCAGGCUGUGGUGCUGUUUGUGGAUGAUGAUGUGCAUAUCCAAGAAGAGAUCAGAAAGAACGAGAAGUUUGGCCAAGGUCAUUUGCAUGGUAAGUCUGCCCAAGGCAUCACUAGCGCAAUUGGAAAGAAAAAGAAUAUGGUUCAAGAAACAGAAAUGGUAAAUGUCGAUGAACAUUUGAAGGUGAAGGAGGCGAUGCUGGCAGGACCACAUGGAGCACAAGCUCUGGCACUAUGCAUGGAAGAUGAUAAGCAUAUCCAUGAAGAGAUUAAAAAAAAUGAGAAGCUUGGUGAAGGUUUGCAUGGUAAGGCUGCCAAAGGCAUUACUGGUGCAAUUGGGAAGGGAAAGAAGAUGGUUCAAGAAACAGAAAUAAUAGAUGUGGAUGAACAUUCGAAGGUGAAGGAGGCGAUGCUGGCUCCACAUGGAGCACAAGCUCUGGCACUAUGCAUGGAAGAUGAUAAGCAUAUCCAUGAAGAGAUUCAAAAAAAUGAGAAGCUUGGUGAAGGUUUGCAUGGUAAGGCUGCCAAAGGCAUUACUGGUGCAAUUGGGAAGGGAAAGAAGAUGGUUCAAGAAACAGAAAUAAUAGAUGUGGAUGAACAUUCGAAGGUGAAGGAGGCGAUGCUGGCUCCACAUGGAGCACAAGCUCUGGCACUAUGCAUGGAAGAUGAUAAGCAUAUCCAUGAAGAGAUUCAAAAAAAUGAGAAGCUUGGUGAAGGUUUGCAUGGUAAGGCUGCCAAAGGCAUUACUGGUGCAAUUGGGAAGGGAAAUAAGAUGGUUCAAGAAACAGAAAUAAUAGAUGUGGAUGAACAUUCGAAGGCGAAGGAGGGAGUUAUAGCAGGCCCACAUGGAGAACAAGUUGUGUUACUAACCGAAGAGGAUGAUGUGCAUAUUCAAGAAGAGAUUAGAAAGAAUGAGAAGAUUGGUGAAGGUUUACAUGGCAAGUCUGCACAAGGCAUUACCGGUGCAAUUGAGAAGGGGGGAUACUCAUCCAUUUCCAAUCAUCGUCUUGGACACAAGGCUUGAGAAUCUUAUGCUGAAUUCCAGUGAAAUAUACAAACUGGACUCUGAAUAAUAUGAUUUAUAUAUGUACUCUUUUCUCCUUUUGUUGGAAUACAAUUAUAUACAAUGAUAACUCACAAUGGUAUAGUCAAAGGUCAUGUCAGAAUAUAUGUCAAGAAUGACCGAUUAUUAAUCACAAUUUCGGGUUCUGAUUAUUCAUUACAA